AUGUCUGUCGGCAAACUGGAGCGAAGCGGGUGCCACCAGGAGGAUUCCGCAGGCAGUGACCUUCAUCACCCACUGGUUCCUGCUGGCCACUCCACUAUUCCACCGAGCGUCGUGGGCUUGUUUGCGGAGAACGAGCCCACAUCGGUCCCCGACCUCUUGUUCUAUCAGCAGCAACAGCAACAGCAACACCACCAACUAACAUGGUGCUUCUCUGAAACCGGUGCUUCUUUAUUCCCACUGGAGGGAGACGCGGCAUUCUACAGCCAACCAGAACCGCAGCCGCACGAGCAUGCUCGCGAGGUUCCCGAAAUUAAGCCUGCUCAAGUCCGUGAAGGCGCCAGUCAAAGGGGACGAUCCAAAUCGUCUGGCAACUCCAGUGACGCUCCCUGGGACAUCAAAGACAGCAUUCUUCCAACGGUGACCCAGUAUGACCCCUACGACCUCUGGCCAGACGGGAACUGUCGCCGGAUCUACUCGGUGGCGAGUGAGCGGGCGAGGAGGCAUCAGAGUGGAUGGGCCAUGCGGAACACCAAUAACCACAACCCCCAGGUCCUCAAGAAGUCCUGCCUCGGCGUGCUGGUGUGCUCCCUAGGCUGCACCUCCCCCAGCGGCCUAGCUGUUGCCUACAGGCCGGCGAUUUGCGACAAGGCCAGGAAGAAACAGUGCAUGCGGAACUGCACCACGCCUGGCUGCAAGGGACGCCUGGUUCAGAAGAACUGCAAGGGUCACGGCGGUUACCCGGUGACGCAUUUCUGGCGAUUUGCGAACGGCGCCGUGUUCUUUCAGUCGAAGGGCCGCCACGACCACGUCAAACCGAUGGCCAAAGCCCUCGGCUCGAGCUCGGCCAUCUCCUCACGAGCAAAGCCCAUUCUGGACGAACCUGUCGCCUCGCAUCGACGCAAGAUCCGAUCCUCGGGUAAUCUGGCGUCGGCCAAGAUCCCCCUGAGCCAAGUGGAUCUUGAAGCCAAGCCAAGGAUCGCAUCCACGCUUAGAAAUGAGAGACCCAAGCACGAUGAGCCUCAGAAAGAUGCCGCCACCGACUUCAACCACUUCCAGCUCCAUCAGCCUUCCGAGCUCGAAGCCUUGCUCAUGCAUCACCAAAGUCAACAAAUCCCGUUUCAACAAAUGGACGACGUUGGACAAACUGGAGUUUACUUCCAGCAACCUCAGCAACCACCACCACCACUGGACUACUUCCUGGGUGCCGAGCAGCAAGUUGUUGGUGCCUCAACCUUCCACCACCAACUCCAACCGGCAGAAGAGGUCUUCGUGAAUCCCCACCAGGCCAACCUGAGUCAACAGGAACAAUAUCACUACGCAUGGCGCAUACCCGUCGCCACACCAUCGUCGGCAGUUGAAACUGACUAUGUGGAACAUCAGGAUCAGCAGCAUCAGCAGCAGCAACAGCCUUACUUGGGCAUGCUAUUCGCGACAUCAGGUGUUGCGUACAGAACUGACGCGUUCGAAAACUAUCCCGCGCUACCGGAGACAAGCGGGAGCACAGACGCAUCGAUUGUCUCAUUUCCGGGAGGCGGAGAGAGUGAGGCGAUCCCCUACCCAGUGACCAUCGAACCCCCAGCCGAUUGGACAGUCGGGCAGCAGGGUCAGCAUCAGGUGCACCACAGCAAUCAACAUCACCACCUCCACCACCACCAUCAGCAACAACAGCAUCAGAUUAUGCUGGAUGAGCUGCAGCCUGCGUGGUUCCUCAGCCCCCAGUUCCCGUGGAAAUCGAUCGAAAGUUGA